CAUGAAUGCCAAGGUGCAACAUGCACAUAUACAUGCGAAACUGGCUUCAUAUUUCAAAAUUCCCAAAAAUCAGCGGUCAUUGUAUGUUCGAAUGGCGCCUGGAUUGGAAUGUCAAAUUUGGUUUGCGAACCGAUCAGCUGCUCGAUGCCAAAAAUUGAGUAUGCAGAUGUUGACUGUCCAAAUGGAACUAACUAUCGUAACCGGUGUACUUUUCGAUGCAGGAGUAAUGCGAUGAUGAUUGGACAAAUGAACUACAUGACGUGCGAAGAAAAUGGUCUUUGGACUGUGCCGGAAGCUUUUUGUCAGGUGGUAUGCACUCAUGAGGGAUUACUUGCGCGCAACGUGUCGCAGGAUUCCAUGAACUGCAAAGCAAAUCGCGUCUAUGACACACAGCCUCACCAUCCCGUAUCCACUGUGUGCAGAUUGAAUUGUCGCCGACACUACCGCGCAUCACAGUCGCACUCAUUGCAGACCAAGUGA